AUCGAUCACAGGAGCAACUAACCAGCAAAGCAGGUAAGUUCUCAGUCCACUCUGGAUGUCUUUAAACCAGAAGGUUGGAGAGUUUGCAACUAUGAAGAACCUAGUCCUACUAGCAGUACUGUUCCUCUCAGGAACACAGGCAAAGUAUUUCCCUUGGCAGCAUGAAGAGCCCCACACUCCAGCCCAGCAGGUGCGGGAAGUCUUAGAGAGCUACGUACACAAAGUUCGGGACUUGGGCAGAGAAGCUGUGAGCCAACUGGAGACCUCUGAUCUCGGAAAACAACUUGACCUGAAGAUCACUGAGAAGCUUGACACCUUUGGUACCAAUGCUAUGAACCUGAGAAAGCAAAUAAAUCCCUAUGUAGAAAAUAUCAGGGAACAGGUGUCCAAAGAGCUAGAAAAGGAACUCCCAGUAAUCAAGGAGAAAAUCCGCCCCAUCCUGGAAGCUUUCCAGAAACGUUGGGCUGAUGAUGCAAAGGCUUACCAGGAGAAAAUCUCUCCCCUGGUAGCUGAGCUUCAAAAGCAAACCAAGAACAACCUGGAUUCCUUGUAUAAAAAGAUCACUCCUAUUGCUGAAGAGAUAAGGGACAAAGUGAGAGUGGAUGUUGACUCCCUUCGCUCAAGGCUCACACCCUACAGUGAAGAGGUCAGGGUAAAGCUGGUCGAGAAACUAGAAGAGCUUAAGGCCAAUGCAGGUCCCAGAGCUGAGGAGUACAGAGCCCAACUGUCACAGCAUAUUGAGAAUUUGAAGGAGAAGUAUGGACCCCUGGCCCAGAGCAUCAGAGAACGCCUGGUACCCCAUGCAGAGGAGGCCAGAAACAACCUGGCAAAAAUUUGGGAAAAUCUGAGAGCCAAGCUCCAAAGACAGGGUGCCUAAAACCUUCACCUUCUAUCUGUGAAGAUGUAUGUUGGUGCUUCAAACCUCAUCCAAACUUCUCGCUCACACAACCACCUAUUAUCUCAACUUAUACUAUUACCAUGAUGCUGGCCUGAGAGAGGACAUGUUUACAUGCUGCUAGCCCUUACAUUAUCUCCAAGAGGGCAACCAAUAUUGAUAUGAAAUGAAUUGCUACAUAUCUUUUAUUGUUUACAUAUUUCAUAUAAAUUGCCCUGAGGGCACAUGGUCCUCUCUCAUGUUUCAAUGUGAAAAUAAAGACAUUAGUAUAUAA